UUUCCUUCUCACAGAAUUUUUUCCCAUAAGUUUCCAAGAAGCCUUAAUGACUACUUAGUCAGAACAAAAAGGGGUACUUGAGGGAUAUGACAGCACGAGGCUACACCUAUUGUUUCUGAGUCCCUGGGAGUGUCCCUCAGAGGGGGGAGAUGAUGAGCUUUGGGAAAGGCAAAAAGACAGAUCUGAGGAAGGGGGAGGCACUCUUGCUCUCAGCGCCGAGGAGGACAGUCAGGCUGCCCUCUGCCUCUGCCUCGUCCUGGGAAAUCUACCGUCAUCUGCUGUGUACCCGGGAAUCCUGAGCUCGCUUUCUCCAGCCUCCCCCCACCGCCGCUGCUUCUUCAGAGCUUUGAAGUUCCACUGCUACUCUGUAGCCCUGCACUGCCCAGCCCUGCCGGGACACCCCUGCUGCUCCAGCUGCCAGCACAGAGCUCCUCAUCUCAUCCACAGCUGCAGAAUGCCGGCCUCAGUUUGCUUUCACUUAGAGGAGCGCGCAGUACACCUGGAACCGACUGCCUCAGGGGUGGAAGCACAGUCCCACCAUCUGCCAUGGACUGAUCCAGGCUGCACUGGAAAAGGGUGAAGCUCCGGAACAUCUACAAUACAUUGAUGACAUCAUUGUGUGGGGGAACACGGCAAGGGAAGUGUUUGAGAAAGGAGAGAAGAUCAUCCAGAUUCUCCUGGAAGCUGGUUUUGCCAUCAAAAAGAGCAAAGUCAAGAGACCUGCCAAGGAGAUCCAAUUCCUGGGAGUAAAGUGGGAAGAUGGGCAGCUUCAGAUUCCCACUGAGGUCAUCAGUAAGAUCACUGCGAUGUCUCCACCGACCAGCAAGAAGGAAACACAAGCUUUCCUAGGUGCCAUAGGCUUUUGGAGAAUGCACAUUCCUGCGUACAGCCAGAUUGUGAGCCCUCUCUACCUGGUUACCCACAAGAAGAAUGAUUUCCACUGGGGCCCUGAACAGCAGCAAGCCUUUUCCCAGAUCAAGCAGGAGAUUGCUCAUGCGGUAGCCCUUGGCCCAGUCAGGACAGGACCAGAGGUGAAGAACGUGCUCUACUCUGCAGCCGGGAACCACAGUCUGUCCUGGAGCCUUUGGCAGAAGGUGUCUGGUGAGACUCAGGGUCGACCACUGGGAUUCUGGAGUCAGAGCUACAGAGGGUCUGAAGCCAACUACACUCCAACAGCGAAAGAAAUCUUAGCUUCCUAUGAAAAAGUUCAAGCUACCUCAGAAGUGAUUAGCACAGAAGCACAACUCCUCCUGGCACCCCGACUACCAGUGUUAGAGUGGAUGCUCAAAGGAAAGGUUCCCUCUACCCACCACGCCACCAACGCCAGAACAAAGAGAGUAGUUGAAGGACAUGGCAGCACAAAGCUACACCUAUUGUUUUUAAGUCUCUGGGAGUGUCCCUCAGAGGGGAGAGAUAAGGCAAGCUUUGGGAAAGGUAAAAAGACAGAGCUGGGGGAGCGGGACGCACUCUUGCUCUCAGCAUCGAGGAAGACAGUCAAGCUGCCCCUUGCUGCAGGAAGAGUUCACAGCCAUCCCUCUGCUUAUGCUUCGUCUAGGGAAAUCUACCGUCAUCUGCUUCUGUACCCAGGAAUCCUGAACUCGUUUUCUCCAGCCCUCCCCCCACUGCCGCUGCUUCUUCGGAGCUUUGAGGCUCUCCUGCUACUCUGUAGCCCUGCACUGCCAAGCCCUGCCGGGACACCCCCUGCCAUUUCAGCUACCAGCACAGAGCUCCUCAUCUCAUCCACCAGCCUGGGACUUUCCACCCUUCCAGCUCAGCCUCUCGGAGUCCUGCAGCAGCACCGAGAUCAAACUGCCCUGGGCUUUUUGUGAAAGAAAGCCCUCAAGGUUCUUGGUUCUGUUUAUUACUAAUGCUGUAGUUGUUGUUUGUUAAUUGUUUUGUCAUAUAUACUAGUAAAGAACUGUUAUUCCUAUCCCCAUACCUCUGCCUGAAAGCCCCUUUAAUUUUCUAAAUUAGAAUAAUUUGGAAGGAGCGGAUUUGAAUUCUCCAUCUCUAGGGAGGUCCUGCCCCCUUCCUAGCAGAUACCUGUCUCUCAGACCAGGACAACUUCCCUUAUCACAAUAAAGUUGCUGAAUCUUUCACACUCUUCUUAACUGAUAGAAAGAAAUUUUUGUGCGGUUAAAGAAGCGGCCUGCUUCCUGAAAUCAUGCUUUUGUUGAUGAGAGGAUUUUUGUAUAAUAACCUGCAAUUUCUUCAAGCAAAACUGAUGUAUUUUGUAUUGCUGGGCAUAUGUGUAGUACAUUCAUAUAUAUAAGAAUAUUUUACCAAUAGAUCAUUAAAUAGUUAAAUAUCAGUCUUCUGUGGUUUAACCCCAGCCAGCAGCCAAGCCCCGAGCAGUUGCUUGCUCACUCCACCACCAGUAGGACUGGGAAGAGAGCCAGAAGGGUAAAAGGUAGAAAACUCAUGGACUGAGGUUAAGACAGUUUAACAGGGAAAGCAAAAGCUGCACACAGAAGCAAAGCAAAUUAAGGAUUUAAUUCACUGCUACCCAUGGGCAGGUAGGUGUUCAGCCAUCCCCAGGAGAGCAGGGCCCCAUCACAUGUAAAGGUUACUUGGGCAGACAAACACCAUCACUCCAAAUAUCCUCUCCUUCCCCCUUCUCCCCCCCACUUUAUACACUGAGCAUGAUGUCACAUGGUGUGGGAGUGUCCCUUUGAUCAGCUAGGGUCACCUGUCCUGGCUGUUGUAAAUUAGCAUCAGUUGUUAACUUAAAGCUGCUGGAGAACCUGAUGAGCAACUUCUUGGGUGAAUUAUAACCUGAUCAGUCACGUGCUGUGGAAAUAAAGGAGAUGGUUUAUUUAAAACUUCUUAGCUAUUUAUGCUGCAUAGGUGUGUACCUUCUCAUUAGCUCAAGAGUGAACUGAAAUAGAAAAACAAUAAAUGAGAUACCAUGAAAAAGGUAAGAGGAGGGCUGUGGAAGAAACAGCCAGAGAAGUACCCAUCGAAAAAAAUUGCCAAAUGAAUAAAUGACAACAUGCAUAGAGUGUAUAUAUCUAAGAGAACACAGUCUUUGGACUUACAUAUCUUUAAUUUCUUAGUUACCUCAGUAUGUCCUAAGUUCAUAGUGGGUAUGUUCUAGAAUCUCAUUUGUUUAAUCUGCUCAUUUUCUUUCCUUGUGUUUUAAUCUUAUCAAGGCAUAACUUAGGUAUGUUAGCUCUUAGAAAUGCAGAAAGGUAUAACUUUGAUAUGGUAUACUAAAAGAUGACCAGUCCCAUGUAAAACAAGACAUUUAUUCACUUCAUAGGAUCUUUAUUAACAAUUAUGUAAAAAUGAUAUUAUAGAGAUAAAUUUGGCUUUCUCCCUAGGCCAUGCUGCUCCUAUGGUUAAUGACUGGGGAAAGCUUGACUUGAGAGCAUACAUCCUUCUUUGUUAUCUCAGUAAAGAAGUGAGCCAACAAUGUUAAUGAGUCAGCAAGGAACAUAAAAAGCUCUUGCUCAAUAACAAUAACAAUAACAAUAAC